AUGGAGCAAUCAUUUACGGACAGUAGUACCGUAGUGGUCAUUAAUGAUGGCCCACCUGCUCUGGUCGAGAUGACAAGUCGAGGCUAUGGAGAUGGAGACAGUUCGAGUCCAAUGGGUCAUCGAAAUCGCAGUGUCAGUAUGAGUCUGCACUCGAAUGCACCUCCAAGCAAGAAACAGCGGGCUUCCGACGAUAAAUACGAGAAAAUACCACCCCCUUCCGUCCACCCUGGACGUUUCUUAGCGCCCGUCUCUUCUACGGAUGCUCUGGAGACCGUUACUACAGGUAUCGAAGCUCGAGAUCAAGUGAGUGAUGAGACGGAUGUUCCAGAUUAUGAAGAAGAUGAAGAUAGAGACUUUGGAGGCACUGCUGUAUCGAUUUCUAGACCGUCAUUUAGACGUGAUGGAGACUCGUCAGAUGAUGAAAAUGAUGUGAAUGAAGAAGACUUUAUACAUUGGCUCGUUGAGCAAAAAAUGGCUGGUAUACCGGCGAUUCAAAUGCUGGAUGUUUUGGGAUUGGGAGUAUCAGAAGGUGUUGCAGUAGAUGAUGAUGAAUUAUGGGAAGCUAUGCUUUCAAUGGGCAUUCGACUUGUAAAACCGACAGUGACGCGGCCACGUGAAAAGUUGGACACGGUCAAUACAUUGCAGGAUGUGGCAAUGCUGCUGCGGUCGAGCAAGAAGAUUGUAGUGCUGGCGGGUGCUGGCAUCUCUGUGUCAUGUGGCAUCCCGGAUUUCCGGUCAGAGAAUGGCAUUUAUAGUCGCCUUGGCGAGUACAACCUGCCAAAUCCACAGUGCAUGUUUGACAUUGAGUUUUUUCGAUCGAACCCACGGCCAUUCUUCGCUUUUGCGAAGGAACUGUUUCCUAAAUGUAGCGGCUUUACGUUUGUACCAUCUCGGAGUCACUACUUUUUGAAGCUGCUUGAAGAAAAGGGAAAGCUACUUCGGAUUUACAGUCAGAACAUUGAUAUGUUAGAGCACGCAGCAGGCAUUUCGCACGAACACUCUGUGCUAUGCCACGGUUCUUUCGCCACAGCAACAUGUUUAGCAUGCAAACAGAUGUAUCCAAACGACGCUAUUCGCGAGGAUGUGCUAAAUCAGCAAGUGCCGAUGUGCAAGUCGUGUAGGUCACCGGAUGGAAUCGUCAAGCCUGACAUUGUAUUUUUUGGUGAAUCGUUACCGCGACGCUUUCACGACUCCAUUAAGAGUGACGAAGGCGAGGCAGAUCUUGUGCUUGUUAUGGGAUCGUCACUCAAGGUGAACCCUGUACGCAGUAUUGUUGGUCGCUUCAAAAAGACUACGCCCAUGAUCUUGAUCAAUAGAGAACCAGUGGGACGUCCACACAAGUUUGACGUAGAGCUACUAGGAUAUUCCGAUGAGAUUGUGCAGGAGCUAUGUCGACUGCUUGAAUGGGAUAUUCCACAGCCUGACCCGGUGCUUCUGGGCCAGUCUAACCUUCCACUGCCGCCCGUGGUACCUUUGAGUACUCUUGUACCCCUGUCGUUCGAGUUUGUUAUUCCGUCACGGCAUUUGUUCAACGGUUCGAAGUCAACAUAUUGCAGUUCAAGUGACGAUGAUAGUAGCAGCUCGUCUAGCGAAAACCGGACAGGUGGAGAGGGUGAUACAGAUUUUGGUACAGCUGAUGUGGAAGGCGUGGACGAUGAGACAUUCUCGCCACUUAACGGCGACUUAGCAAAGGAGGAUCAAGACGAGUUGAUGGGAAGUGGCAACGAGUUGCUAGGGUCUACAAGCUUUGAUGACAAUUGA